AUGGCUUCGGCUGCGCCAGCAGUCCCGGAUGCACGGCCAAGCAGUGCAGCCAGGACUGGCAUGCCUCGUUUGGGGCGGCUUCAAAGUGCUGCCUCACCGGGUCGGGCACGAUCUGCCAGUGCUGCACGACAGAGCGCACGUCCUCAAAGUGCCGCUCGUGGGUCCGCUCGCACAGGAGCAUCUGCAGCCGCUGCAGCCGCUGCAGUGAAGACCUUGUAUCCAAUUCCUGGUGAUGUUGGUUAUUAUCAGCGUGCUGAUGUCAAGGGCAGGGUCAAGAAGCCAAAGUUGGAUAAGGAUAUGGCCAAGCUCAAGGACCUAUUCGCUUUUUGCGAGGAUGCAAAUUUUCGAGAGGUGCGGGCCAUGGUUUCUCACUAUCCAUAUCUGUUGGGCUUGACGGAUGCGCAUGGGUUCUCUGCAUUACACCACUCAGUGAUGUCUGGAGAGCCCUCCUUCAUCGCGAAGGUGUUGCAGUUGUACCGAGAUCCGAAGACGUUCUCGAUAAAGAAUCUUGUAUACGACACCGAGGAGGAAAUGGUGCGAGACAUAGAGAUGGGAGUUGAGGUUGUUGGCAGAAAGUCCGAGAGUCACGUCGAGGCCACAGCGGUGACGAUUGGAAAGGGAAGCAAAGCAGAAGAAGCGGGCCUGAUGCCUGGCGACCGACUCGAGGCUUGCAGCGGGACCGGCUUCCUGAGUUAUCGGCAACCGCCACCACUGUCGACCGAUAUUCUGGAAGCGCUGAGGAGCAAGAACAUCUCUACCAGCUUUGGGUUUCCUGUGACUCUGGAGUUCAGAGGGAAUGCUGCCGUUGAGAUUCUAGCUAAAGAUGGCUGGGCUCCAACUCAUGGUGCGGCAGGCAGAGGCGCACAUGGAGACAAGCAGAUUUUAUGGCAGCUCCUGAAUGAGGAGGAUAAAGCCAGCCUGGUGCAAGACAUGACGGGAUGUACACCCGGACACUGGGCUCAAAUCGAGAAGCAGAUGAGGCAGCGGGCCAAUCGUCGUCCUUUGAGCGCUGGGCCGUGCGGAUGUGGCUGGAAACGCCGCCCGGCAAAGAAGGCAUCUUUGCGACCGGUUUCAAAGCUCGUCAUGGCACCGUCAUCUGCGGAUGCUGAGGACAUCGUUCGUUCAGCACCUCGCUUGUCUGCGGCACCAGCGCCUUGUGUGAGUCGACCCAUGUCUCCGGCCUCCCCCGUGGCGACUCCGAACGCCGGAACCGCCACUACAAAUGCCAGCAUCGGAGCGACUGCAAAGGACCUGGCCAAGAUGAUGCAGCAGAGCAGUACCAAGCCAGGUUCGGCGCAGCUUGCGGGGGACUGCUGUGAGAUUUCGUCACAUGGGCGCGGUUGUCGACUCUGA